CUCUUCUUUGUCGCCGUCCAGCAGGUGCCCGCGCGCCGUUCGCCUUCACUUGACAGCUGCCACCUGCACCGACCCUUCUUAAGUGCGGCAACGACCACUGAACUUUGAACUUCACAACAGUUGGCGCGACUUGGUUCGUCCUGAUCCGGCAACCCACACACCACAUCGAACUCCACUUCUUUUCUUUCUGAACUCUUCGGGCUGCGCGCGUCUCUGAGAUCGCCGCGACAUUCUGGUGUCAGUGGGGCGCGCCACGAGUGAUGGAUUUCUUCGCAACAGGCACGAUGGCCGACUUUUCCACAACAGGCACGAUGGACGACAACCUGAGCCGCGGCGAGCUAAGGGCUCUGCUCUCAAGGACUGGCUAUCUCCCGGCCGAGUUAUGGGAUGCGACAUUCGACUACAUCCACCCAUCUGAAGCGAACGAUGCUCCAUCGACACCCACCAACAUCAUCUGGCCAACUGGAGAGCGCGGUGAUCCAUGUGUCCCUCCCAAGGACGGGAAAUGUCUGCUCGAUGCUAUGUCAGAGGAGGUGCUUCGCGAAGUCAUUUCCGCAUUGUUACCAGCAAAGCACAAACUGAUCAAAUGCGUGUGCGGCGAGGCGGACACGAAAGCCCCAAGCAGUGAGCCACGUCGCAACCGAGUGAGCGACUUGAUGACUGUCAACAAGAAGUUCAGGGACACCAUCAAGACCAUCAUCUACGAAGAGCGAUUCUUCGAGGUCCAUGUCCAUCAAGGUGGCACAGGUGGCGUCGAGUUUCUGGAUGCCGGAUACCAGCCACUGGCGUAUUGCGAGAGUGCUUCAGAUGAUCGAUUCGAGAAGUUUUCUGUCCACGACGAGUACGGCUUUCAGAUGGUGAAGAAGAUCAAGAUCAAGAUUUUUCCCACCAUCGCCAAGCGUUGCAAGGCAGUCACGCUGAACACCUAUUUCAUGAUCCAAGCGCUAUGUCGUCUGCUUGAGCGCGGCGGACAGGAAGAAGACCGCAUCGUCAACAUCUCCGUCACCUUUCCAAAAGGAGAAACCUCGACGAAUAGCCACAAUCGCCACAGCAUUAUGGCCGAUGAGCACUAUUGGUGGGACCCUACCACUCGAGAGCCAAGAUGCACUUCUAUUCACAGCAUCCCGGACAUUGAACUGGUAUUGCACCCGUUCACGACGCUCACCCGCGUUCACAAUGUCAAUAUCGAGCUGCCACCCAUGGUGAGACAGCAUGCACCCACUGUGAACUUCGUGAGCGGUUUGGUGGCAGGCAUGCGCAGCAAGUCCUCCCUACCCACUUUGCUACUCAGCCGUGAGCAAGAAAUCAGUAUUCAGUGCAUGCGGUCCGAGGUGGAACUCUAUCUCUAUCGUCAGAAGCAUGGCAAGAGUCAGCAGAGCGUCGAGGACAUGGGCGAAGAAGAGAUGGAGGACGAGACGCCAGAAGACGAUGAUGAGGAUGAUGAUCUACAAGCUGCAAUUAUGGCCUCCAUGACCUCUUUCGGCGCAGGCCCGCCACCCGUAUUGGGCGACACAUACUCAUCGUCCAUCAACAGUAUCCCCUUGACUGGGCAGUUACACCGCGAGCGUCGAGCAGCAACAGUGGAAGAUGAUGGCCUGAAUCCUACGAGCCUCCGGUCGAGGCGUAACCGACUCCUGACAACUCGGUUCCAUUCAGCUGGUCGCUCCAGGAGCCAAUCCAUCUCGCCAUCGCUGACGCGGUCAUACAGCUUGGAGCGAGUUCCCGAGUAUGAUGAGAACGAUGGCCACCAGAAUGACAACUCAGCGCACACGCAGCUUCUCUUCUCGUCGGAGCAGGUGGAGCCCAAUGUGCGCGAGAGGAUUGAGAUGAUUGAAGAGGCGUUCGACCUGGCGCAGCGAGGUCCGGCGUCCGCAGAGAACCACAGGAGCAGCGCAUCCCGCACGUGGCUUUCAAGGCUGCUGGGCACGGCUCGCAAUGGUUCUGACGAUGAGAUGACUGGCGUGUAGCUGGACAGCGUGCGUAAUCAUAGGCGAGACCGGUGGAGCGUGCAUACGCUUGGGAAGGACCAGGCAUCAGCUUGAGCGUGCAGAAACACUCCGAGUGAGUGGAGGCUAGGCCAGCGAGUGGACCUAUUGACUCCGUUCAGGAGUUGCUACAGGCCAGGAGCAUAGUGGAUGGGAGCUUACCUUACCUCAUUGCUGCAGCGCUUAGUCAGCGAAGUCAAACGAUUCAAGCAUCUUACUGUACAACCGUAGUCCAUAGUCCAAUUGUCUCGAAGUCCCAAGCUUGCUGAUUGAAGUUUGCGCAAUGUCGUUGUGUCGUUGCAUAGAGACACGGCAGAUGCACUCUCUGCUUGACAGCACGUUGCCGAUCACAUGCGAACAAGCCACGCGCCGUACGUCACCGCGGGCGUUCAGAACAGGGAAGCUUGUUCUGUACCUCUCCUGUUCCUUAGAAGUUCAGCGGCCG